AUGACGGCCUCAGGGGGCGUAGUAGCCCCUCUUCUGUCGAACCUGGGGUCUGAGUGUCUUAGUCCUGCGGAUGUUUUCGAAAGGGCUUUUUCCUUCCCUCCUCCCAUCCUCUCCACUUGCCCCUCUGUACGGAGGGGACUCACUCGGUGCACCUGCCAUGGAGGCCUUUGUGUGGAUUGGCAUGCUGUGCGCAAGGAGCAGCACAACAGGAGGAAGCACAUUACACUGCUGAAGGAUCCCCUCAAGACCCUCGCUUACAGCACCCUUGCGGCAUGCAGUUUCUUCCACAGGGCGGUGCGCUAUGUGGCUUCGCAUGUGUUGACCCUUUGGCUGCUAGUGGCUGUUACAGCAGUAUCCGUCGCUGCGCAGAUGGAGGGUCCACACAACGGGGUCAUUCAGGAUUUGUGGAUUUGGUUGAAGGUUGUUGUUUGGUGGGCAGGUUUGGGGGUAUUAAGUUCCAUUGGACUGGGCAGCGGCAUGCACAGCGGCCUUUUGUUUCUCUUCCCUCAUAUUUACUCCAUUUGCGCCUCGGCAGAGGCUUGUGGGAAUACCGACUUCGACCCUAGGGGGAGCAUGUGGCAGUCUGUCUUGAAGCCUGGGGAGGUGUUCCCUUGCCUAGCGCCUCUGCCAGAAACAGAAUUAACGACGGCACGCCUUCCUUUUCUGUCAGUUCUGCACAAAACUCUCCCUUACGCCUUGCUGUGGGGUUUGGGAACGGCCCUCGGAGAGCUGCCGCCGUAUGCAGCGUCGUACGCUGCAGCCAAGGCGCACCAGUCAGAUGCCGAGUUCGAGGAACUAGAAGGGGAGGUAAAGGGGGGAGACAGCUCGCUUGUGACGCGAAUGAAGAAGUGGACCUUGGAUCUAGUGCAAAAAUACGGGGCUGUUUCUGUUUUUCUCCUCUCCUGUUGGCCAAAUAUGCUGUUUGAUCUCUGCGGACUUGUUUGUGGACACUUCAUGAUGCCUUUCCAUGAAUUCUUUAUUGCUUUGGUGCUCGGGAAGGCGGUUGUGAAGGCCACGUCUCAGGCAGCCCUUUUCGUCUUCCUCUUUUCAUCCCAGUACGAUGCAAUGCAUGCACACAUCAUUGCCAGCCUGGCCGAUAUUUGGCCAUUUUCGUCUAUUCUCUCGCGCUACUUUGGAUCAUCUGCGGAACUGGAGACUGCAAUGAACCGAGAACUUCACAAACUUAGACACGGAGUUGCAGGCGGCGGCAGCAGUGGCAGUGGAAGAGGCUUCAGCAUCUCAACCAUCUUCUCGUACAUUGUUGUUGCCUUUGUUGUGUGCUUUGCACUAGCCUGUGUCGAGCAAUUUGCACAGCUUCACCGGAAGAAAAUUGACGACAAGCUCAACGAAGACAUGCAAAAUUUGCUGCAGGACCGCACUCCUGCUACUAAAUGA